UUGUUGGUGUGCUCGAGGGGAAACGUAUGUGCAUUUUUAAUGCAGUCCGAAGUCGGGCUGUUUUGUCUCCGAGGCUGGCUGUGCGUGGAGCUAGCAUUAGCCUUAGCGCGAUGCUAACAUGUACUGUAUGCUAGCUCGGCUAGUUUGCCAUUGAUUGUUAGCUUUCCUGCUCAUUCACUCAAUACAGCUGCAAAACAGCAAUAACUCAGGUUAAACCCGACACACUCCGGAUGCACCACUUUUCCCAAGCUCUUGAUAGAUCAGAAGCCAGCAGAGAUGGAGGGUACAAGCAGGGCUGGAGUUUUUGUCUCUCGCCUGACCGUGAGGAGGAGAGAAGGAGCGAUUCUUCCUUGGUGACCAUGGAUCAGGCGGGCGGGCGGCAGGAACUUUCCCCUGAAGGGGUGAAGCAGACGCCCCCUCUGAGGCACUUUGACCUCAUGGAGCCGAUGAAGACGUACGAACGGCGGCCAAACCAUUUCAAACCCCUGAACAGAUUGGGAACGGGCAAACCCAGUGAAGCCCCGCACCCGAUGGCCAUUACCCCUCUUCCCAACAGAACCAAUUAUUUAAUUAUGAGUCAGGCACCAUCUCCAGGAGUGCUCGUACAAGGAAGGCUGUUUCAACACACCCAUCUCCCCUCUCCUGUUAGAAAGCCAGUACAAAGCAGCCUCGACUUGAAAGAAAGCAGAUCUGACUUCACCACCCAAAGGCCAGAGCUAGACAAAAUCAUCCUCACCUGCCCAGAGAUCUCAGACUCGGACACCCUGAACAUAAAGAGGUGCGUCCAGGCGAAGAGGCGGCCGAUGUUUGACAGCGCAGAGUCGUUGCAGCCGGACGAGUACUUCACCGUGUGUGGAAAGUGCGGCCAGCAGAGCGAAGACCACGCCAAGUGCGAAAGCUGCGGCAGCCCGCUGCACGCCGAAGUGGCUCUUUCGUCUGCUGUCCCCUCCUCACCCACCCGAGUGCCUGUACGCUCCCUUCCCUCCACCAACGCCACUCAGCUCAGCAAGAGCUUCUACGGCGUGACAUCUGGAGGGCGCUCCGUCUCCGCUCGCACCGAAACGGCCAUGAACCCGCCGGCACGCACUACCCGCGGGGGUCUGCUUCUCGGGCACAACGGCGCCAAGCUGGCCGUGGCGAAGAGGCAGCCCCCGGGAAAGCAGAACGAACUCAAUGACCCCAUUGUACUGUCCAGCGAUGAAGAUGACGAGGCUGACAGUUCCAGCACGGGCAGCGUGAACCGUCUGGACAGCGUCUCGCCGAGGCCGGCCGACUCCGCCCACUCCUCCCCCGCCCCCUCCAGCGGCAGAGUCGAGGCAGCUGUCAAGGAAGUCGCCGAACAUGAAGAGCACGCUUGUGAAUUUUUCUCCGAUGUGGACCACAAGAGCAUGGUGCCCAGAAGGAACCGCUUAAAAGAACCACAGUUUCGAAACUCCUUGUGCGAAGACCCUUCUCCUUCUAAGAAGCGGAAAAUGGCACAGACGGCCAAGUUGGAGAGCAUUAUUCUGCCGUGCAGGAGCGUACGGAUAGGAACUCUGCGCAGGAUGGUCACCAAACCUGUCGUUUUCACAGUAGAGUACAUCCAGCUCGAGACAGAAGGUCAGGAGAUCGACGUGAUGGAGGACGUGCGCCUCAGGUCGUCGGAGCUGACGAGCUGUGAAUGGUGCUGCGUCCGGAAGCUGCCCGUGCUCUUUGUCCAGACCAGCGAAAGCGAGUGCCAGCGCCUGCGCACGCAGCUCCAGAUGUCCCAGGAGAGCGGCGGCCUGUGGUACGACUGCAACGGUGAAAACAUGGACGAGAAGUACAUAGUGCUGAUUUUCGAGAACGGCCCCUCGAUGCAAGAGCAGAUUAUUUUAGAAGACAUCCUGGUCGAGAUCGGACGAAACAACAAGCUCACGAACUUUCCUGCCAGGCUGACAUUCGACGAGGCCAACGUUAGACUGGUUCAGUAUAACAAAGCGUCAAAAGAGAAGGAAAAGGCAAAGGUUCAGAAAAGCAAAUUACAUUCGCCCUCUACGACAUCAGCACCAACUACGACAACAGGAAACGUCUCCGUCACCACGGCAACAGCGACCUCGGCAACAACAAGCACAGUUACAGCUACUUCAGCCACGUCGACAGAGGCACCGGUCCAGACCCGGUUUUCCACACACCUCCACGGGAUCUUCGACGAUGAGGACAUGGCAGAGCUGCAGCCCACGUUCACCGGCCCCAUUAUCAAGUUGAUCGUGUACCCCCCUCCUCCGGCUAAAGGAGGAAUCUCUGUGACCAAUGAAGACCUUCACUGUCUAAACGAAGGCGAGUUUCUCAACGACGUCAUCAUUGACUUUUAUUUAAAAUAUCUCUUUAUGGAGAAGUUAAAAAAGGAGGAUGCGAGCAGAAGUCACGUUUUCAGCUCUUUCUUUUACAAGAGACUUAACCAGAGAGAAAGGAGAAACGCAGCAGACACUACUAACCUACCAAUACAGAAGAGGAAGCACAAUCGGGUAAAAACGUGGACGCGACACGUGGACCUUUUUCAGAAGGACUUCAUUUUCGUUCCCAUCAAUGAGUCAGCACACUGGUAUCUUGCAGUGAUCUGCUUUCCAGGUCUAGAGGGACCCUGCCUCGAGCCCAAUCCUCAUUAUCAGCCCCUGACGCAGUCCCAGAACCCGGCUUCGUCCCCGUCCGAGUUUGGGAGCUCCAUCCUGAGUGAAGGAGGCAUCGAGGAGCCCUCGCCUCACACGGAGCCGCUCUCCUUUAAUCCAGACGAGGUCAUUACGGAAGGACAGGAGGGACAGGACGCAUGCCACUCCAGCAUGCCCGUGUGUCCGCACCGAGCGGCAGAUCACAGCUGUGCUCACGGCCAAAGGAUCAAUGGGCAGGUUCAGUCCAAUUACACGGAUGGCUUGCAAAGAAUCAGUGUGUGCUAUAGCAGUGAAGAUCCUGGCACCUUCUCUGAUGACCAAAGCUCUUCUCAUGACGAGUGCAGCGAGGACGGAGCGCUGGCGGACGAAACUGCCACGUCAGAGAGCAUGGAGUGGGCAUCCAAACCCACCAUCUGUAAACAACCUUGUAUCCUCAUCAUGGACUCGUUGCGAGGCCCUGCCAGAUCUACAGUGGUGAAGACACUGCGAGAGUAUCUGGAGAUAGAGUGGGAAGUAAGGAAGGGCUCUCAGAGGAGCUUUGGGAAGGACGUAAUGAGGGGCUCGAGUCCACGUGUGCCACAGCAGGACAACUUCAGCGACUGUGGCGUCUACGUGCUGCAAUAUGUCGAGAGCUUCUUUGAGAACCCCGUGCCAAGCUUCCAUCUCCCCAUGAACUUACUGGACUGGUUCCCCCAGCAGCGGAUGAAGACUAAACGUGAGGAGAUCAAGGAGCUCAUCCUGAAGAUCCAGUCCCGACAACAGUUAGACCGGGGGAACUCUGGGCAGGACCUGGACAUCGGCGAGGUCUGCGAGGACCUGGACAUCGGGGACGCCUUAGAGUCAGCCGACCUCAUUCCACCGAUCAGCUCAUGAACCCCAGACUCAUGCUGCUAUAUAGCUCUUCUGACAAAUACCCCCCCCCCACACACAC